AUGAUAGAUAUUGAAGUCAUGAGGGAAGGGCCUCAACUGUCCAUGGAACAAAGAGCUGAUCUAAUUUCACCAAUAUCUGUUGUUGAAAUCACUAAUGCAUUAAAAGGGAUAGGAGACCUCAAGAGCCCAGGUAUUGACGGUUACGGUGGAAAAUUUUUCAAAGCAAGCUGGGACAUUGUUGAUAAGGAUGUUAUUGAAGCUGUUACAGAAUUCUUUGAGCAGAAUAUGAUUUAUAAAGCUUUCAAUGAAACUACCGUUACUCUUAUUCCCAAACAGCCGGACGCCAAAACCUUGAAAGAUUACAGGCCUAUUGCUGGUUGCACCACAAUUUACAAAAUCAUAUCCAAGAUUCUCACAACCAUACUUGGGAAGGUUUUGGGCAACAUCAUCAGUAAAGCGCAGGCGGCAUUUGUUCUAGGCCAGAAAAUCCAUUCUCACAUCUUACUAGCUAUGGAGCUGUUAAAAGGUUAUAACAGGAAUACAGGUACCCCUAGAUGCAUGGUCCAACUAGAUCUACAAAAAGCAUAUGACAUGGUUGAUUGGGGCGCUCUCGAAAAUAUUCUUAGUGAAGUUGGUUUACCUAAGAAAUUUGUAGAUUGGAUUAUGACCACUGUGACUACAGUUUCUUAUCGCUUUAAUAUCAAUGGCCAGUAUACUGAUAGGAUCAAUGCUAGAAGAGGAAUUAGGCAGGGGGACCCAUUAUCUCCUCUCCUGUUUGUAAUCAUCAUGGAAUAUCUCAGCAGGUUACUUCUCAAGAUGCAAAGGAAUCCAGAGUUUAACCACCAUGCUAAAUGUGAAAGGCUGCAAAUAACUCACUUAACCUUUGCUGAUGACCUUUUGUUGUUCUCUAGAGGUGAUCAUGUGUCUGUGGAAAUACUUUAUUCAACUUUGAACAAAUUCCUGGAUUCUACAAGUUUGAAAAUAAACCCUUCCAAGAGCAGGGUGUAUUUUGGUAAUGUAUCUGCGAGUGUCAAGUGCGGCAUCCUCCAUCUAACUUCAUACAAAGAAGGGUAUUUCCCUUUUAGGUAUCUUGGUAUCCAGUUGACGAGUAAGGGUCUUGCUGUGAUCCAUUACAUGCCGCUGUUGGACAGAUUACUUAGCCGGAUAACUCACUGGAGCUCUAGAUUGUUGAGUUAUGCGGGUAGGCUGCAACUCAUCAAGAGUGUGCUUUAUGCUAUCACAACCUACUGGAUGCAAUGCAUUUGGUUUCCAAAAACGGUGAUCAACAAAAUCAAUGCUAUAUGUCGCUCCUUUCUGUGGUCAGGUGGUAAUAAUAUAAGCAGGAAAAGUCCAGUAGCGUGGGAAAAUGUCUGUAAACCACAUGUGCAAGGCGGACUAAAUGUGAUGAAUUUGGAAGUGUGGAAUAGUACGUUUGUGAUAAAACUUCUCUGGAAUAUCUAUGCAAAAUCUGAUGAUUUGUGGGUGCGUUGGAUACAUGCUUACUACUUGAGACAUGAAGAUAUUCUGACUAGAAUGGUUAAGGGAUCUGACUCUGGAAUUUUCAAAGCGAUUCUUAUACAAAGGGACAAGCUAAUGACCAUACAGAGUACAUGGGAUGCUAUGCUGCAGAUGGGUAAAUUCCAUGGGAGGAAAGUGUAUCAAAGCCUCCUACCUAUUACUCCUAAUGUUCCAUGGGCCAAAUUAAUCAUUCACAAUAGAGCUAGACCCCGGGCAAUUAUUACUCUCUGGACGAUCUGUCAUGGAAAGCUAGCAACCAAGUCAAGACUGUUCAGAUUUGGCAUGAUCAACAAUAACAAAUGUGCUUUUUGCAAUGAAGAGGAAACCAUUGAUCACUUAUUUUUUUGUUGUGUGGAAUUGAAGCAAAUAUGGAGUGGUACUCUUCAGUGGUUGGCAAUUCAACACACUCCAAAAAGAUGGCAAGAGGAAAUGCAAUGGGCUCUGAGCAAUUAUGGUGGGAAAGGCUGGCAAUCUGAUCUGGUUAGGCUUGCCCUUACAGAAACUCUUCAUGAGAUCUGGCUUUAUAGAAACGAAGCCUGUUUUAAUCAUAGAACUGAUAAUAGGAAUUGCCUUGAUAGAAUUAUUUACAAUAUAAUGUAUAGAGGGUGGACUAGUCCAAAGCUUAGACCACGUAUAGCUAGGUUUAUUUUGUCUUAA